AUGGCUCCGGGUCCUCCCCAGUGCGACGAAGUGACGCGCAUGUUGCAGCCAUGGGGUAGUUUGAUGAAGUUCCAAAUUUCAAUCCCUGAAAUCGGCAUCAGCGAAAGAGACGUGAUGGUGGCACGGCACAGCAUCGUUACACACGUACACGAAACAUACAUGACUGGGAGAUAUUGGAUGAGGCUUGCAUUCUACGCCGUCCUCGCUGGCACUGCUACUACAAUCUGCCCGGGGUUCAAUUAUUCUGGGACGUGUGAAGGGUUUGGUGUUCAAAGCUUGGUUCUGGGUGGGGGCAGUGUCGCAAUGAUGGAAACUAAAGUAACUUCUCUGAUAGCGAUGGGGACCACCUGUAUCUACGAGUAUUUACCCGAAUUCAAAGGGAAGCGGUCGGUAGGCCUGGGCAUGGCACUGGCAAGCAUGUGGCUGUGCGCCAAGGUCAAAGUCAAAUUGUUACCCUCACUUACACUACUACUCAUUUCCAGUAUGGACGAUAUCGAUUUCAAGAGCAGUCGCAACGCCGCUCUGGCCUACAUUCGAAAGGAAUCCUUGGAUAUCUACAACCGUCUCCACUCAAUUGAUGAAGACAUAACUUUUGUCAAUCAAGUCCGACUUUCCUACAAAGAUUUACCGAUUCUCCCGAAUUUACGAUGUGGCGCAUGGUACACGGACCCAAACAUUUCAGUACCCAUCCCCGCCUACUUCAAGUCUACCGAUGGCCAUUUUUCGAAUUGGAGCUUCAACUUGAGACGCCCAAACUUGCACCUACUAGCGUUAGUAAAGGAACAGAACGGAAUGAUCCUAGUCGAUUCCACAAGAGCAGGCAAGAAAAUUCCCGAUGCGCUGUCCAAGACGGUGCCUAUCUGGUGUGCAGUUGUCAACCGAGCUAUGCAAAUUCGGUAUCCGGAAGCCACUACCGACUGGGAUACUGAUCUUUACACACCUCCUGUAACCGUGAGCAGUCAAGAGCACGACCAGAUUAUCCCCUUACUAGAUGGUUGGGCUGAGGCACUUGCUAAAUCCUCUUACGCCAUCCUCCGGCUCCAACAUCCACUCCGUCCAAUGUGGAUCACGCCUUCAUCCUCUUCAUUCCCUCAAGUCGACCCAGAUUCCGGCUUUUACCCUGUUAUAUGCAUCUCCGCGUCGAAGCAGGUUGGAGACGGCCUAGAGCGUCGGUCUAGCGGGUUCGCAUACAUACAAGGGUCUGGUGAUGAUCAUGAAGCCUGGGGAAUUGGUCUGGUCCCGGAGAUGUUUUGGAGGCAUAAAGCGGAACUGUUAACAUCCAACCAAACAGAGCUCCAAAAUCUCGUUACCUCCAUCGUUUCAGCGUCACCUACGCAAAGGGGAGAACCUCCAACGACCCUUUCCAAAGUUGGAUCUCGCCUGGCAAUAUGCCAAAACUCGGGGUUGCACAGCCAUUCCCUCGGAGACGAUUUUGUGUAUCUCGUCCUUAGCGAGAACCAUUUCCAUAUUGAGUGCUGCCAGCAAAUUGAGCGGAUCAAAACAUCACCAGGCAAGAAGGGGCAGACCCAGCUGCUGAGCACCGUGCUUCCUCAAGCCAUGACGUUCAUCCAGUCUGCGUUGCUCGAGGGGCGUUCGGUCUGUGUAUCUUGUGACACAGGCAAGGAUGUUAGCAUUGGUGUAGUCGUCACUGCGCUGCAGUUGUUCUUCGAUGAACAUGGAAAUUUCGCUAUGGCAAGUAGAUCACGAAAAGCUGACAAGCAGUCUAUUCGUACACGACUCGAGUGGAUCAUCUCCGAUCGACCUCAAGCGAAUCCAUCUCGGAGUACUUUAAAGAGGGUUAACGAGUUCCUCCUUUCGCCAGAGGUGUAUCGGAAUGCUUUAGGCUGA